GAAAGAGGUUUAUAAAGCCAGGGAGAGGUUCUGGUUAACAUUCAGAUCUACUGAAAGGUCCUGUGGGUGUCUCACUAUUUGCAAUCAUGAUCAAAUUGUUGAGCAUUGCUAUUCUUGCAGGAUUGCUUUUUGAAAGCCACCAGCAGGACAGACGUGUGUCUAACUCAGUGGCACAAAUUGAUGACAAACGAGUAGGUUUUGCAUGCAACGUCCGUCCUCUGAAGCCAGGAUGGCCCUGCUACUAUCCCACCCACAUCCAAUGCUGGACAGACUGGUUUGACAGGGAUAAUCCUAGUGGAAGUGGAGACUGGGAGACCCUCUACAAUCUUCGCAAGGAGAACCCAGGAAAGAUCUGCCCUAAACCAGUGGAUAUUGAGGCCCGAACUCUUUCUGGUCUCACAGUGGGUGCAGCAGGUGAUGUCAACACUCAGUUAGACCCAACUGUAGGAUUCAUCUGCAAAAACCAGGACCAACCCAAAAAGAUGUGUAAUGAUUACCGUGUUCGUUUCAGCUGCCACCCCCCUUUCUGUGGUGGAGACCCUACAGUAUGCUGGACCAAGUGGUAUGACCGUGAUGAUCCCAGUGGAACAGGGGACUGGGAGACUUUGAGUGAUCUGAAGGUUGCGUACCCAGGACAAAUUUGCGACUACCCUCUGUACAUAGAGGCUGUUACCAUUGAUACACUGACCCCAGCCAUGUCUACAGGGGAGAUCUUCUCUGUCUACAACCCAACUUCAGGAUUUGUUUGCCGCAAAAAGGACCAGAAAUCUGGCAAAUGCCGUGACUACAAAGUUCGUUUUGGGUGCCCAUGCAAAUAUUAA